AUGUUCAUUGACCAUGUGGAUAUGUCUGUUUCGGAGCUAACAUCCAAGUUGGAAUCGGAGCUAGCCACCUCGUUCAAGAGACGCAGGGCCAAUGCACAAGAUGAAGAAGAAGAAGAAGAAGAAGAGUACUAUAACAAUGAUAACAAAGAUAGUGAUAACCGUAAAGACUCAUCUAGAAAGUACAUUGCAUCGGUGGCCCUUUGUCGAGCUGCUCUGAUCUACGGGUUUAGUGUGGGGUAUAAGAAGGUGUGGAAGGUUUCAUUUUUAUCACCGACUUAUAAGGCCAGACUAACAAAUAUGCUCAAUACGAACACCCAGUUCUUUGGUAAGAAGGUUAAUUUAUAUGAGACUCAUAUCCCGUCUCUCUUACAGUUCAUGGCUGAUUACAAUUUGUAUGGUUGUGGCUACAUCAACAUCCAGAAAUGCUACUUCCGUUCUCCCGUGGCUGUUAAAGGAGUUCUCUCUGGUUCACAGUUCCAGCAGCUACAGCAGGAUCUUAAACUGUAUAUCAAUUCCCAUAAUGUCUUAAGAAGCGAUUCGUAUCCUCGAAUGGGCCGUUCCGUGGUAGAAAUUGAUAUAACUGCUGCAGACAUCCUCAAUAGAACACUACUUAAAGAGAGAAACUCCCAUGAAUCACUUGAGUCCGAGACGCAGCUGGAUAAACCCCUAGCGUAUUUGUCGUCUUUGAGUCAGCUCCAGAACGAGAUUCUAUUCCAGAAGCAAGCCCGAGGGUUGACUGAAUCUUCUCAAAGCAUCAAUACUGGCUAUUACGGUGAUGUCAGUCAGACGUAUUGGUCCAACCAGACGGAGCUCGAUGAAUUAUUACAGUAUGCAAUUAGAUUGAAUGGUACUGAGGAUGGUUUUAUUCUGCUGGAGAUCAAGAAGAACGAAGAGGCACUUCCUACUCUAUUCCAGCUUACAAGCAUUCAAAGCCAAGAGGGAGCGACCGUGGAAUUGUCGUUCUUUAGUGAUUUGGUAAUGUGGCUGGACUAUAGUCAAUUAUUUAUUGACAUCAACACGGUGACUGUAGAAGUAAGUUCUUCUUUUGGUGAUGCGUUGGUGAACGAAUUGGUAGAGGAACAGGUGCAGAACGAAGAGGAAGUGCAAGAGGAACAGGAAGUGCAAGAGGAAGAGGAAGUGCAAGAGGAAGAGGAAGUGCAAGAGGAAGAGGAAGUGCAAGAGGAAGAGGAAGUGCAAGAGGAAGAGGAACACGACGAGGGAGCUUCAGUUGGAGUGAUUGAAAGUGAUUACAAUGAAGAAGAUGAUAACACUAAAUUACUACCACGUUUAGACAGCAAUGACUCAAAUAAGCUUAGUGAAGCUGAUGAUGUGUCCAGCAGUCCAAUGAAGAGACAUGAUAGUUUCAGCAGUCCGAUAAAAAGACGUGACAAUUUCAGCAGUCCCUUCAGCAGUCCUAUUAAAAUGAAUGACGUCUCCAGCAGUCCUAUUAAAAUGCUUGGUGAUUCCCAAUUACGGCACAUUCUAGAUGACCUCGCUGAAUCAUCAACCCAAGAACACGAGGUCGAAGACAUCAAUAUCGAUGAUAGCAUCCUCCGACAAUUAUCCCAGAAAUUAUCCCAGUCUCAAGUAUCCCAGUCUGUAGGGACAUCAAAAGGAGUAUUAGAUUUUGGCAGGGUAACUGUUCAGAGAGACAGCUCCACUGCCUUAGCAUCAGCCAGUGAACCAGAACCACUUUUUGAUGUUGAUCUCAAGGGCUCAUUCUGGCUGUAUCCCGUUCCAAUAGAUUUACGAAAGGAUCAUGAACAAUUUGAUAUCACUAUGGAUGAAAUGGGGGUCCCCCGAGUGGAUUAUGUCGAUCCUUUCUAUGAUUGUGCUGAAGAUCAACCAAAGAAGCCAUUUAUUCUAGCCUCAAAGAGGGUCAAUGUACCUUUACGGACCCCUGAAAGCAUCCCUCGGAUGCCAUUUUCAAAGGAGAUAAGCAAGCAAUUGAAGGGAAAGAACCGGGUUAGAACCAGUAAUCAUAACCGCUUUAACCAAUGGCAAUACCUUCCCUUACCACCGUCUCCACAAGAAGUUUCCCAUUGGUUUGAAGUGGAAGAAAAGAAGCAAUUGGAAGAGUUGACUAAAUGGAAGAGUCAGAUCAAACAAAGAGCAAGCAGGAGCUCCAAAUUCAAAUACUCUUAUCAUCCAGAUCGACUGAAAUCAACGACCCAUGACGAUGGGUUUAAGGAACUAACCAAUAUGAUCUUGGAGAUUCAUGUGAACACUCAUAAUGAUUAUUUACCCAAGUUCAAGACCAACUCCAUUGCCUUUAUGUUUUACAAUUUCGAUGAUGCUAACAGCAUGUUCCCCACACUGAAGAUGAAACGGGGAGUAUUGGUGUAUCACAAUGAAAGCACCAUUACCAGUUAUUUGAUGACCAAGAUCUUUAAGACCAUAAAACAUUUGUCCUUUUCGGAUAAUAUUUAUAUUGAUGUGUUCCAGUCUGAACCCAAAAUGGUGGAGAGAUUCUGUCAAUUGGUGGACGACUUUGAUCCGGACAUUCUUUCUGGAUACGAAAUCAAUGGUAACUCCUGGGGCUAUGUGAUUGAGAGAUUUAGAGAAGUUUAUGACGUGAAUUUACUACCGAGGUUAAGUCGGUCCAAGUCUAAAGCCAAUGGGAAGUUUGGUGAUAAAUGGGGGUAUACUCAUACGUCUGUUAUUGACAUUAAUGGACGUCAUACAUUGAAUAUAUGGAGAGUUCUUAGGAAGGAAGCCAGUUUAUCCGAUUAUUCCCUUGAAAAUGCAACUUACCACUUAUUAAACCAUACGGUUCCACGACUACUGAAUAAGACCCUUACCGAACUACUUGAAAGCUCCAGUUUGUCCCAAAUCUCCUUUGGACUAGAAUACUAUUUCAAUAGGAUCCUGUUGUCUUUGGAACUCUUGAGCAACCAGGAAUUGAUUACCAGGAACGUGGAACAGUCACGGUUGAUUGGAAUUGACUUUAAUUCCAAUUUCUAUAGAGGAUCACAGUACAAAAUCGAGUCUAUUCUCUGUCGAUUGACCAAACUGGAGAAUUACCUAUUAAAUUCUCCGUCAAAGAAUCAAGUUCAUCACAUGAGAGCUUUGGAAUGCAUCCCUCUUAUCUUGGAGCCCAUGUCUGAUUUCUACAAGUCUCCAUUACUUGUUCUAGACUUUCAAUCAUUGUAUCCCUCCAUCAUGAUUGCCUAUAACUACUGCUUUUCCACUUUGAUAGGCAAAUUGUAUGGGUUUGAUGUCAAUAAAAAUGGUGUUGGGUAUUUGAAGCACAAUCCCAUUGAACCUGGGUUGCUAAAGAAACUACAUGAUGAAAAUGGCAUUGUCAUAUCUCCAAAUGGAUAUGCUUGGGUUAAUAGUACAGUUCGGAAGUCUGUACUUGCUAAAAUGCUUGAAGAGAUUCUUGAUGCCCGAAUACGGUUGAAAAAUGUCAUGAAGCAAAUUGGCAAAGAUGACGAUGACGAUAAGCUACUAAAACUUUUCAACGCUAAACAGUUGGCUUUGAAAUUAACUGCUAAUGUCACUUAUGGGUAUACCUCUGCUACUUUCAGUGGGAGAAUGCCCAACUCAGAUGUGGCAGAUGCCAUAGUCUCAACAGGAAGAGAAAUACUAACGAAAUCCAUUAACAUGAUCGAAGAUGGUAAUUUUGGGGCUAAAGUGGUCUACGGAGAUACAGACUCACUAUUUGUGUAUUUACCUGGGAAAUCCAUAGACGAUGCCUUUAAAAUAGGUGAACAUAUUGCUUCCUACAUCACCAAUGAGUUCCCAGACCCCAUUAAAUUGAAGUUUGAGAAAGUGUACCAUCCAUGUGUGCUUCUAAGUAAGAAAAGAUACGUUGGAUACAGUUAUGAACUGGCAUCGCAGAAAUUGGCCAAAUUUGAUGCUAAAGGUAUUGAAACCAUUAGACGAGAUGGGAUUCCGGCUCAGCAGAAACUUGUGGAGAGAGCCCUUCGAAUCCUAUUUGAAACCAAAAACCUUUCACAAGUGAAACAGUUUGUUAAGCUUCAGUUCUCCAAAAUUAGCGAUAAUAAGAUCAACAUCUCUGAUUUCUCCUUUGCUAAAGAAGUAAGGUAUGGGACUUACAAAAAUCGGAAAUACCUCCCUCCUGGGGCAAUAGUUGCCGAAAGAAAGGUAGCCAACGAUCCACAAUCCAAGCCACAGUAUAAAGAGAGAAUACCUUACGUUGUGAUUAAGGAUUCUUCCAAACCAAGAGUCAAAGACAGAUCCAUAUCUCCAGAAGAGUUCUUAAACUCUUACACUACCAAGACACCAUUCAUGCUUGAUUAUGACUACUAUAUCACCAGAGUACUUAUACCACCAUUAGAGAGAAUAUUCAACCUCAUAGGAGCGGAUAUAAAGAGUUGGUAUAAUGAACUUCCAAAGCUCACUAGAGGAAAUCCAUUUGCUACCAAUGAAUUAGGCAAAUUGUCUGGUAAUAUCACCAUUAAUAAUUGUUUGUUCUGUGGGAACCAACUAAGACAACUCGAACAAGAAACAGUCCUCUGUAACAAAUGCCUUUCAAAGGGCAACCUUAUCAGUGGAGAACUUGGAUGGAGAUCAAGAGAAUUGAGUGUGAAAUUGAGAACAAGCUAUUUGACUUGCAAAUCUUGUGUUCAAUUCCACUGCAACCAUAAUAACUAUAUUGGAAGCCAACAAGGUGAAUUACAUAAUGAAUGUGUGAACAUUGGCUGUAACCAAUACUAUAGUCGGUUCAAACUAUCCAAUCAAUAUCAACUUCAUUUAAAGAACCAGGAAGCAAUAUUGAAAGCUAUAAAUGAACAUUGA